AUCACAACAACAGCUCCCACUUGUUGAGAGUCGGAGGCCAACAGCUGGAGUGUGGAGCUUUCCUCUGACACCAGCCAUGAGGUGGGCUCUGCUCCACGUGUCGCUGCCUUUCCUCUUCUGUGUGAUGGUGGCCAACACCAGCUUGUUUGACGGAGCGGCGGUGGACUUGUCCUACGAUCACUACGCGGAGCGACGGGUGGAGUAUCUGCCGCUCUUCCUGGCCAUGCCCUGUAACUGUGCGGUGAACGUGCUUUACAUCCUCAUGGGUGUGUUCUGGCUGAGGAGCCGAGCAGGGGAGGGGGAGCAGAGCCGCUACCUGAGACGAGUGUUCGCCCUCAUGGCCAUCCUGUACGCGCCUGUGCAGUGGACGCGCUUGGCGCUGCUGCGGCGCGCCCCCGCCGUGCUGGACCAGUGGUUCACGCUCCCGAUCUUCGCGUGGGUUCCGGUGUGGAUCAGCUUCAUCGAGCGCGGCCCCGCCAAGUGGCGCGCGUCUCACGCGGCCGCGGCGGAAGCGUGCUCGCUCCUCAGCUACGGCCUGGCGCUGGUGCACGAGCGCGGCUUCGACGUCGCGCUGUGCUGUCACGUGGCCGUCGCCGUGUUCCGGGGAGUGCGCGUGCAGCGGACUCACGGGAACGGCCGGACGCGCGCGUACCUGCUCCUGGCGAUGCUGUCGUGCGCGGGCUUCGUGCUGCUGAAGCUGCUGGACCACUGGCUGGCCCGGUACCGGCUGCUCCAGCGCUUCACCGGACACUUCUGGUCCAAGGUGUGCGACGUGCUGCAGUUCCACUUCAGCUUCUGUUUCCUGAGCACGCUGACGCACAGGGCGCGGGAGAAGAGCGCAGCGCGCCGCCGCUGACACCACCGAGCCGAGAACCACCGAGCCUCAUUGUCCGGCCCCCCAGCAACCGUUUCUAUGAGCAUCAAUCCAUUCGAUCAAUCUAUCUAUCUAUCUAUCUAUCUAUCUAUCUAUCUAUCUAUCUAUCUAUCUAUCUAUCUAUCUAUCUAU